AUGGCUCGAAGCACCGCCGAGGAGAUGGACAGGCUUCAGCUUUCAGAUGAGGAUACCGAAGAUCUUUGGGAUUCGCCUUCAAAACGAGGAACUCACAAGAAGUUUAACGCUCGAUCCUCGGACGAGAUCCCGGCACCAGAGCCUCGGAAACCUCGCGAUGGGGGUGACACUUUGUUUGAUCGUCAAGAGGCAAGACAGGCAGCACUGCACAACGAACUACGGACUGUUCGAAAUAUCAACGAAGUAAUUGAGGGACUUCUAGGUAGCAUUGACCGUGCCAAGGGAAACAUGGAGGCGAGUCUACCUUCUCUGUGCACUUUUUCAUGCAAAGAGCCAAUUCUCAUCACUAAUUUACAGACCGUAUCGAGAACCGUGACAUCGGCAUCAACCCUCCUCAAUACAUGGACCCGAAUUCUGUCCCAAACCGAACACAACCAACGUCUGAUCCUUAACCCGAAUUGGCAAGGUGCCACUCAAGACGUGGCCGAUAUGGAAAAUGAAGAAAUUCAGAACCGGCAAGCGGCGGAGAGGCGAGAACAAGCACUGCAGCAGCAACGAGAAGCUGCAGCCCGCAAAGCAGAGGAAGAUGCGCAACGACGGGCGCUAAGCACAAGAGGCACGAGGGGGACUAGUCGAGGUACUGUGCGCAGUACUGGUUUGGGCAGAACACCUAGUGUAAGCACCAGUCGACCGGGAGCGACGCGGGGAUCAUCAACAACCACAACUCGGCGACCAAUCAGUGGAAUUGCACGCGGUGGUGGAACAGUUGGAACGAGCUCUCCUCUUCACCAUUCGGACACAAUGAACUUUGCUCCUUAUCAAGAUGAAUCCCCCGAGAUUGAGCGGGCGCUCUCCCCUCCACACACAGAUAUCCGCAAGUCCCCGAACCUUCGGUCGCCGAGAGCCUCUGCCGACCUCCCGUCUCCAAGCCACUUCGUGGGAGGUGGGCAUGGCAACACCGGUUUUGGACGAGAUGUCGAAGGAGGCCACGUGAGCCUUGGGGCAUUUGAAACAAGUCUUCCGAUUCGUAUGGACAUUGAAGCUGCGCUGGCGUAUUUGCUUCUGCCUCCGGCUGGAGGUGUGUUUCUGUUGUUGGCUGAACACAAGAGUGAUUACGUGCGGUUUCAUGCUUGGCAAUCUAGUAUGCUCUUUACUGUCCUCUUCAUCAUUCAUCUCAUACUUUCUUGGUCCUCCUUUCUGUCGUGGACUCUUUUCAUCAUCGAUCUCGCCCUGAUGGGCUAUCUCAGCAUGCGGGCUUAUCGUGACGUGGAUACUUUGGACCACUUUGAGGUUCCCUAUUUCGGCCGCCUGGCCAAUUCCUUUGUUGAUGAUGAAUAA